CGAUGUUAUAGAUUAAUAUGGAAGUAUAUAUAGCCAAUACAGUUGCUCUUAUUCAGAAUAUGUCAGAAAAAAUUUAGAUAUAGUUCAAAAGGCUUAAUUUCUGGAGUAAAAAGAUCAAUAAAUACAAAAGUUCUGAAUUUAUCAAUUUAGAAUUUGAUUAUGAUAUUGAUUUUCAAGGGAGAAUAAAUUUGGGGUUAGGUUGAGAUU